GCAAGGGACACUGCAUAGGGGGUCGGGUGUGUGUUUAUGGCACAUAGUGCGCCUGUAUUAUUUAUCCAAACAUUGAUGCUGCGCGGCGAAGUAGUGUACCAUAAAUGAGGCUCCGCCCUAUAAGCGGAGGAGCGCCCGGGGGCGUGGCCAGCGCGAGUAUAAGUGAAGCAAGUUGAUGGUGAAAGAUCCCCGAGUGACCUGUGUACAGCCAGUGUAUAAUGAUAGACUAUGAUGAGACCACCUCGUUCCUGGGAGAAUGGGGUCGCUAUCAGUUUCUCAUUUUCUUCCUGCUCAGCGCCAGCAUCAUCCCCAACGGCUUCAAUGGAAUGUCUGUCAUGUUCCUGGCGGGGAUCCCCGAGCACCGGUGUCACAUACCGGCCGGCGCCAACCUGAGCGAGGCUUGGAGGAACGUGAGCAUCCCCCCGGGACUGGACAGUCAGUGCCGCCGGUACCGCCUGGAGACUCUCAGCAACUACUCGGCUCUGGGGCUGCUCCCCGGGCGGGAUGUGGAUGUGAGUGCGAUAGAGAAGGAGCCUUGUCUGGAUGGCUGGGACUACAGCAAAGCCCUUUAUCUCUCCACUAUAGUCACUGAGUGGGACAUUGUGUGUGAAAAUGACUGGAAGGGACCAUUAACAACAUCAUUAUUUUUUGUUGGUGUGCUCCUUGGCUCAUUUGUUUCUGGUCAACUAUCAGACAGUUUUGGAAGAAAGAAGAUUCUAUUUGUGACCAUGGCCAUACAGACUGGUUUCAGCAUUGUGCAGGUCUUCUCUACUAGCUGGGAAAUGUUUGCCAUUCUCUUCCUCAUUGUUGGCAUGGGCCAGAUUUCCAACUAUGUUGCAGCUUUUAUAUUAGGGAAUGAAAUUCUUGGCAAGUCUGCUAGAAUCAUCUUUUCUACAAUGGGUACUUGCAUAUUUUUUGCAAUUGGUUACAUGAUGUUGCCACUGUUUGCUUACUUCAUUAGAGACUGGAGAACCCUCUUACUGGCUCUUACUAUUCCUGGUCUGUUCUGUAUUCCACUGUGGUGGAUUAUACCAGAGUCUCCCCAGUGGCUGAUCUGUAAGGGCAGGAUAGAGGAAGCCGAAAAGAUCAUCCGAAAAGCAGCAAAGAUAAAUCGAGUCCCAGCCCCCGCUGUCAUAUUUAAAACAUCUGAACUGGAAGAUUUAACAGAACGGCAGAAAAAACGCUACACUCUCCUGGAUCUUGUGAAGACCUUUAACAUCCGUGUCAUCACAGUACUGACAAUAUUGAUUUGGUUGAUAACAUCCAUCGGAUAUUUCGGUAUUUCACUUAACACCCCUAAUUUACACGGAGAUCCGUACUUAAACUGCUUUCUGCUUGCCGCCAUCGAAGUCCCAUCGAACAUUUUUGCGUGGGUGCUUUUAAGAUACAUACCGAGACGUUAUUCAAUGUGUGGUUCGUUGCUGCUGGGUGGGGUUGUUCUCCUUUUCAUUCAGCUGGUCCCUCUGGAUCUCCAAAUCUUGUCUACUGUUCUGGUUAUGGUGGGGAAGUUUGGGGUCACAGCAGCUUUUUCCAUGGUGUAUGUAUACACAGCUGAACUGUACCCCACAGUAAUAAGAAACACAGGUGUUGGAAUUGGAUCAGUGUCUUCCCGAGUAGGAAGUGUUAUUUCUCCAUAUUUUGUCUACCUUGGUGCGUAUGAUAGAUUGCUGCCUUAUAUCCUCAUGGGGAGUCUGACCGUGGCAAAUGGAAUCCUAGUCUUAUUCUUUCCAGAAACCCUUGGGAAACCUCUGCCAGAGACUAUUGAGCAGACACAAAACAUCAAAGGGUUAUGCUGCAGAAGAAAGAUGCGCAGAGAUAAAAACAAUAUUUUAAUGAAUACAAAGCUAUGAUGAGAGAAAUUGUCCAAUCAUCAUUUUGAGGAUUGAAACAUUCCAAAAAAAAAGGUUCUUAAAAAGGGCUUGAAAGAAUCAUCAACGGUGGCCUAAAAAACAGAACUGAGAACACUUGAAUUAUAUGAACAGCUGAUGCUUA